AUGGUUUCAACAAUAAUUCGUUGUUUCAUAUUCAUUCUAUUCAGUAUGUCGUUAGUUCGAGUGAAAUCUCAAUUCUGCCCUGGGAUUGCUCAAUAUGAUCGGUGUUCGUUAAAUAGUGCGUGUGCCUGUUUCCAUCUAGCAGGUGAUGUUGACACUGGCAUUUGUACCGAUGAAUUCGUGGAUUGUUCUGAGCUAAUUGCAUGUGACAACUCAAACAAUCUCUGUCGUGAACCUAGCCAUAGAUGUGUUCAUCAUCCUCGAUGUCAUAAUUUUUCUGUUUGUUAUCCGAUGCCCAGUUUCAAUGAACAACUCUGUCCACCGAUGGCAAUGGUGAACACUACAACUACAAUUCCAACUACAAUCAUAACUACCGCUGCAAUUUCAACUACAACUACAAAAACUAUUCAGCAGCUAGUCAUUCCCAAUAUUCCAAUCGAUGCUCGCUGGUCACAAAACGGAAAGACCGUUGCUGGAGGGAAAGGAUUUGGAAUUACCACAUAUCAUCUCUACAGCCCUCAUGGUCUCUUCGUUGAUGAUGAUCAAACGCUGAUCAUUGCUGACUACACGAAUCAUCGCAUCGUCCAAUGGAAGAUGGAUGAUAAGAAUGGACAAGUUGUAGCUGGUGGAAAGGGCCAAGGAUCUGGAUUAGAUCAAUUGGGUUUGCCAACCGAUGUGCUGAUCGACAAAGAGACUGACAGCCUCAUUAUCUGCGAUCGAUGGAAUGGACGAGUCGUACAAUGGUCUCGUCGUAGUGGCACAACUCGAGGAGUAAUCUUCAUCAACAACAUCGAUUGUUUCGGUUUGUUCAUGGAUGAUCAGACAUAUCUCUACGUCUCUGACGACAAAAGACAUGAAGUAAGACGGUAUCAAAAACGAGCGAAUAAUAGAACUAUUGUGGCGGGUGGAAAUGGCAAAGGUAUUGGUCUCAAUCAACUCAACGGACCAGAAUACAUCUUUGUCGAUCAACAACAGGCCGUCUACGUGUCAGACACCCAAAAUCAUCGUGUAAUGAAAUGGAAUAAAGAUGCAAAAGAAGGCAUUGCCGUCGCUGGAGGUCAAGGUUACGGAAAUGCUCUGACACAAUUGUCGUAUCCUAAAGCACUCUUCGUCGAUAAAUUGGGUACCAUCUAUGUGGCAGACCAGGGGAAUAAUCGAGUCAUGCGUUGGCCUAAAGGAGCAAAAGAGGGUACUGUCAUUGCGGGUGGAAAUGGUGCAGGAGCAGGAGCAAAUCAGAUCGAUUCUCCCGUUGGUUUGUCUUUCGAUCGACAAGGCAAUCUCUAUGUAGUUGAUUGGAGGAACGCUCGUGUUCAACGUUUUUCAAUCGAAUAGACUCAUUACGAUGAAUUACUCUUUUCUCUGUUACAGGCAUGUUGUUCACAUAUAUUCACAUCGCUUCAGCUGUUAUUGUCCGUUUUCUCUCUGUUCGUCUUUGGCAUUCGCUUUCUGUCUCUAUUCUGUUUUCGUUCUCUUUGUUUACAUUCUUUGAUUCUUUUUUUCUCGCAUCGCGAUGCUCUCUAUCUUGGGUCGGGUCAUUCAAAAUAAAACUAAACUAAAAGAAAGAAGCAAAAGAACCUCUGAUAUUCUCUUUCCUUUCUUUUCAAAUAAAUCACGUUGAAUUGAUGAAAACAAUGAUUAUUCUAUCCGCGCGCGCCACCAGAAACCAUCCUGAUGACGCCGUGCCGAGCGUAACGCUCAUGCACGCACGGGACACACUCAUAUCAUUCACAUUUCUCCCACUCGAGAGAUAUAUCCAUGAGUCUGGAUAAGCCUGGUCGUAUGCCAUGGAUACCAAGAUGAUUCCUGACAGGGUUUUGGGUGUGGGUGGGUGUGGGCGACGAAAUAGCGGCACGCACACCAACACUCUCACAACCACACACCCACACCCAAGUUGUCAUUGGAAAUUAUUAAUUAGUAAAUUAAAAGUAAUUUGAAUACCAUGGUGAAAACACCUAUCAAGAUAGUAAGACUUUCCAGCAUCAAUACUGCUAAGAACUACCCAAAUACUCAUCCUCGGUUUUUUUUUGCAAAAUAUUUGGCAAAACACUCUUAUGUUCAUCCACACUCCAUCCUUGAUCAGUACGUAUAUAUUAUUCUAAAACAUUGUUAAAACAAGGAACAAUUGUAACAGGUAUUAUCGUUUAUAUACUUAGUUUCCAGUUUUGGCGUUUCUUCAAUAUUCGUAUUAGUAAUAAUAAUAUUUAUUCGAUGAAAAAGUUUAACUGGUGAUGUUUCUUUUAAUAAAAGGUUGUUUAAGAUACUCAGUAGUAUGUUGACGAUGUUGAGAUCGAUUAAACAUUCUACGAAAAAAUUUGUUUACUUGAUUCAAUUUAAUGGAUGUAACUGGUAAUAUAUUUGAUAUACGAGUGUAUUUACUAAUAAUUCUGUUGAUUGAUAUUCUUCUAAAUCAGUUACAUAAUUGAUAUGAUAUAUACUUGAACAGUUUCGAAUCAUAUUAAAUUAGUUAUCUUAUCGUUUGAUAAUAAACAAUUAUUCGAGUGAAUUGAUAAUGAGCCAACAUGAAUUCGUUGUUUAUUUUGUAUACAUUUAAGAAAGAAUUUAUUGAAUUUGCAUGACGAUGAUUGAAGUUAUGAACAAAUUGUUCAUCGCUGUCACUGGAAAACUGCAAAGGAGAACUCCUAAAAAAACUUAUUUCAUGCAGUUUUCAAUGAUUCUUCUACUCUGUUCUAUUACUAUUAUAUAGAGAUUGACAAGCAUCAGAUUUCUACUGUAGACGGUGUGGGU